GUAUUUAUAUAAACGAAGAAAAGAAGGCAGCUGGCAGGCAGCGUGCGUGUUGGACGCACAUGGGUGGUCUCCUCCGCUCUUUCUCUCUCCUCCCCGAUUCCUAAUUUCAGUGAGCGCGUGGGACGCACAUGGGGAGCGAUCAUCAUCUCCCUCUCUCUCUCUCUCUCUCUCUUCCCCAUUUUUCCUCUCUGACGUGUGCUGGGCGUGCGUUCUUCUUCCUUUGGAAAUUCCAGCGCCCUCUCUGUCAGUCUUCUUCCUUCUUUUGUUCUGUCCGUUGCAUUCACCGAAUAUAUAUGGGAUAUAUUUAUUAUGCAGCAGCAAGGUGCACGGCUCCCUCUCCUUCUCUCGGCUUAAUAUAUAUUGGGUAUAUAUAUUUGAAGGAGGGUACAGUGUGCCGGCAGCAAAUUGGAGCAGAUCCGAUUUUUUUCCUUGGUUGAUUCGAUCUUUUGGUGAGGAGAAAGAAAUCUGAUUGCAAGGAGUUGAAGUCGCUGGACAUCCCAUGGACGGAUAGAAGCUCCUAGUCAGAAAUAUUUACAGAUGGGAGAAUGGACAACGAUGCGCAAAUCUGGCGACGGCGUUCGUCGUGGUUGUUGCAAGAGACCGACACGGGCAGCCUAAUACAGUAUCUCCGAUGCGGCAAGAGAUGCUGGCAGCCAUGAGUGGGUUGUUGCCGACGGCCUGUGGCGGUCGUGGUUCGUCCUCUGGGGGGUUCCCAACAGUCGCUACGGCAAGGGUUAUCAUUGGAAUAGCAGUUGGGGUUUCCGACGAGUUCUCAAUGGGUGUCCAACAAGAGUCAUCGGUGGCGGAUGUACAGUUGCAACCCCUUUGUGAUAUCCCAAUAUGGGUCUAUUGGAUGGAUAGUCUUUUUGGAGGAACAAUUCCAACUCUCAUUCACCUUCGUUAAGACCGAGAUGGUCUUAGCACGGAUCCAACGGAAGGGUCCAAAGCGGCCUAUGGGUAGAUUGAGGUAUGGAGUGACGAUGCCCAUUUCGCUCGAUCUGUUGGUGCGAGAUUACAUUCGUAAGCUGAAGGCCCAAUGGACUUUGGCCAUAUCAGUUAUGAGACCCGGUGAGUCCAUCCAAUGUUACCUCAAUAAGGUGGAGGAUGUGAUAGCUGAGACCCCAGGCACGGCCUUGCCUCAUGGUUUAUUGGGAGAGAUAAAAGUACAUUAUGUGAAGGAGUUACUCCAUGGAAAUUGGAGGCGGUACGCAAGGAGGAUUGCUAGGUGUCCACGAGUGCCUCAAAACUUUGCCUUGUUCAUUGAGAUGAUUUGAGAGACGGACAUGUGGCAGUCUAGAGAGGUCGUCCACGGGUAUGUGGGACUGGAUGAAGAGAGCGUGGGUAGUAAUGAAACCAUAGAUGACUCUGAAGAAGACAUUGGUAAGGAGGUAGAUUCUCCUAAAGCCCCUUAUAAGGAACCCUCAGAGGAGUCCGAGACCCAGAUUGGAAUCUACUACAGCGACCCAGUCAAUUUGAAGCUCCGAGGCGGGGUUAUCCCAGGCAGGCCUCAGAGUAGCUAUGUGAUAGAUGGGCCAUGUGGGCCUAGUGGCGAGGGUUGCGAUGUGGAGGCCAUGGGUAGGGCUAAGUCAUGGUAGGUGACUAGUGAGCUCAAAGAGUUGCGUUUUGUGGGGCUGGGGGAAAUAUGAUGUAUUUUGUCUUCGUGUGGAUUUGGUUCAGGGUGAUUAUAGGGCUUUCCUCUCUUUGAAAUCCUUUUGUAAAUGGGAAAGCUCUCUUGUAAACCUAGAUCUUGUUUAUAUAAAUAAAUAAGUCACAUUGAAAAAUUUCAUCUUGUAUGGCAUUGUUCCAAAACUUGUGUUAUGUAUGUAUGUGUGGUUAUAGUGUAGUAGAAAAUGAAUGUUGCUUGUGCCAUUGUGUAGAUGAAUCGUGAAGAGCGACUUAACAGAAGGAGGGGCCAGGCCCAGUCGUCAUCUCGAGACAUCCCGGAAAGAAGCGGCUCAGGGCUGCCAAGUGGCGACAGGUCAUUUGAAAGGUUCGUUGAGAUGAUGAUGAAUUCAAUGAACAAAUCAGAAACCCCUACCAUUAAUUGGCUGAAGAUGUAUCGGGAUUUACAUCCACCAAGUUUUAAUGGUGACCCGGAGGUGGACCCAAGCGUGGGAGAAUUUUGGAUGGAGCAAACAAAAAAGCUGCUGGAACACUUAGAAUGCCUUGAAGAGCAUUGGGUAAGAUAUGCAACAUUUAUGUUAGAAGAAGAUGCAGCUAUUUGGUGGAGGUCUAUGUCAGGAGUCUUAAGGACUCGAAAUACUGCUCAAGAAAAUGGGAAGGUGCGAGUGACACCUAUCACUUGGGAGCAAUUUAAGACUACUUUUAAUAAUAAGUACUUUCCUGAGUACUGGAGAGAAGUGAAAAAGCAAGAGUUCUUGAAGUUAACUCAAACAGAUGAUAUGUUCGUGGUACAGUACGAAGCUAAGUUUUCCAAGUUGAUAAAAUAUGUGCCCAUGUACACCACUGACAAUUUUGAGAAGGCCUAAAAGUUUUUCCAAGGACUUAGAAAAGAAGUUAAGCAAGUUCUGUAUGCAUGGAACAUUCACACAUUUGAGGAUGCAGUUGAGAUGGCCAUUACCGUUGAGAGGAACAUGAUGGCUCAAGGGGAACUGAAGCUUCGCGAUGAUUCGAAAAGGGAAGUAAAGAGCAAAGACAUAUCAACAAACCUUCCAACAGUCCAAUUCAAGAAGUCGGAAGGAGCCAAAUUUAAAAGGGAAAGGUAUUGCUAAAAGUGCCAAAAAAGGCAUGCCGACAAUAAGUGUGGGACCAAAAGCAAGGGAGCAGGUUGCUUUGUUUGUGGUGAAACUGAACAUUUUGCAAGAGACUGCCCUUCGAAGAAAACAUGGAAGAUUGAGGAAGUGCCCAAAAAGGAGGUGACAUGCUAUGCUUGUAAACAGCUGGGACACUAUUCAUGGAACUGCCCCCAGCGAGGCAAAUCUGACCAAGGAAAGAAGCCGGAAGGAAAAUCGGGUCCACAACCAGCUCGAGUGUUUCACCUGACAAAGGCGGAGGCAGAUAUCGACCCGAGCGUGGUGGAAGGUACGCUUUUCAUCCACACUACUCCUAUGCAUGCAUUGGUGGACCCUGGUGCCACUCAUUCAUUCAUAGCAAAUGAGUUUGCUAGGAGUUUGGGCCUUGAACCCUCAACAAUAGGGCAUAGAGUUAGGAUUCAGUCUCCAAUUGGGGAGACUAUGGAGACUAAUUUAAUAAUCUGAGAUUCUGAUGUGGAUAUUGAGGACGAUAAAUUUAAGAUAGAUCUGAUGCUUAUGGAGAUGCAUGAUUUUAAUGUCAUCCUAGGUAUGGAUUUUCUUUCUUGAUAUUGCGCCAAUAUGGACUGUUUGGAAAGGACAGUGGAAUUGGGAUGUCCGGGGGGAAAGGUGGUGAAAUUUAAGGGACUACAGUUUGGUAGGCAGUUAAAAUUUGUGUCAUCCUUGAAGGCAUGCAAAUGGUUGAAAAAGGGAGCAUAUGGAUUUAUAGCUCAUGUUAUGGUAGUCAAUAGGUCAGAAAAGAAGCUGGAGGAUGUAGAAGUAGUGAGGGAGUUCUUGGAUGUUUUUCCAGAAGACUUAUCAGAGCUACCUCCAGAUUGAGAAGUGGAGUUUGCCAUUGAACUGUUACCGGGAAUAAAACCAAUUUCUAUACCCACUUAUCGCAUGGCCCCGGCUGAGUUGAGUGAGCUUAAAGUACAACUUCAAGAUUUGGUGGAUAAAGGAUUUAUUCGACCAAGUAUCUCUCCAUGGGGAGCUCUAGUUUUGUUUGUACAGAAAAAAGAUGGCAGUUUGCGAUUGUGUAUAGAUUUUUUAGCACUCAAUAAAGUGAUAGUGAAAAAUAAGUACCCAUUGCCCAGAAUUAGAGAGUUAUUUGAUCAAUUGAAAGUCGCCAGAAUAUUCUCAAAAAUUGAUCUGCGCUCGGGGUACUACCAAUUGAAAGUUAGAAGGGAGGAUAUACGCAAGACGGCGUUUCGAUGUCGAUAUGGACACUUCGAAUUUUUGGUGAUACCGUUCGGGUUAACCAAUGCACCUACAACUUUUAUGGAUCUCAUGAAUAGAGUGUUUAAACCAUUUCUAGACCAGUUUGUGAUUGUUUUUAUCGAUGAUAUCUUGGUGUACUUAGCUAGUGAGGCGGAGCACUGUGAACAUUCGAGGAUGGUGUUAGAAAAGUUGCGUAAUGAAAGGCUAUAUGCUAAAUUUUCUAAAUAUAGCUUAUGGCUGAGAGAAGUGGCGGUCCUUGGCCAGGUAAUUUUGGGUGACGGUGUAUCAAUGGAUCCAUCCAAGAUAGAGGCCAUUAAGAACUGGCACCGACCGAGGUCAGUAUUCAAGGUGAGAAGUUUUUUGGGGCUAGCGGGAUAUUAUCGACAAUUCGUUGAAGGAUUUUCAAAAAUUGCUCUGCCACUAACUCGUUUGACUCAAAAGAAUGUAAAGUUCAUAUGGGAUGGCAAGUGUGAGCAAAGUUUUGAGAAACUUAAGAAGAGGUUAACCUUAGCGCCGAUUUUGACCCUACCUAAGGGUUCUGGGGGAUUUGUGGUCUACAGUGAUGCUUCGAGAUCGGGAUUAGGCUGCGUGUUGAUGCAGCAUGGUAAAGUGAUUGCUUAUGGGUCGCGUCAAUUACGACCUCAUGAGAAGAACAACCCUGUUUAUGAUUUGGAACUGGCUGCAGUUAUCCGCGCCUUGAGGAUUUGGCGACAUUAUUUGUAUGGUGAGAAAUUUGAGAUAUAUACUGAUCAUAAAAGUCUAAAAUAUAUCUUCUCCCAAAAGGAGCAGAACAUGAGACAUCGUCGAUAGAUAGAGUUCUUGAAGGACUAUGAUUGCACCAUCCAUUAUCAUCCAGGGUGGGCGAAUGUUGUGGCAGAUGCCCUUAGUCGUAGGGAUCUUGUAGUUGCAGCCGGGAUGAUGAUGCGGGAAUGGCAGCUGAUAGAAGUGUUCAAUAGCCUAACGGUGGGUGUAGUGCCUAGGAAUGAAACGUCCAUGGUGGCUAAUCUGCAAAUUCAGUCAGGUUGGUGGGAGGAGAUACACCAGGUUACCGGGGAGGAUCGGAAGCUUCGCCAAUGGGUGGAUGGGAAGGGACAGCCAAUGAAGAUAGGUUUUGAGUAUAGGGAUGGAAUCUUGAGGUUGAAUGGAUGAAUUUACGUUCCUAAUAAUGAAGAAUUAAGGCAACGGAUUCUAGAUGAAGCACAUCGGUCAAAGUACACUAUUCAUCUAGGGGCAAACAAGAUGUAUAAGGACUUGAGAGAAGUUUAUUGGUGGCCUAGAAUGAAGCGGAGUGUGGCUCAGUAUGUAACCAAGUGUGACGCAUGCCAGCGUAUUAAGAUUGAGCAUCAGAGACCAGCGGGAUUGCUGCGACUGUUGGAGAUUCCAGAAUGGAAGUGGGAACACAUCUCUAUGGAUUUCAUCGUGGGAUUGCCUAGAAGAGUAAGGAAGAAAGACUCGAUAUGGGUUGUGGUCGACAGGCUAACAAAGUCGGCUCAUUUUAUACCUGUUUGAAUUGGUCAAGGUGCGGAAGAGCUGUUGCGAAUUUAUGUCCAAGAGAUUGUGCAGCUGCACGGGACACCAGUCAGCAUUGUGUAUGAUAGAGAUUGAAAAUUUUUGUCGAGAUUCUAGACGUGUUUGUAAGAGGAAUUGGGAACGAGAUUGAAUUUUAGUACUGCAUAUCACCCCUAGACAGACGGCCAGACAGAAUGGGUGAUCCAAGUUUUGGAAGACAUGUUGCAGGCAUGUGUCCUAGAAUUUGGAGGAAGUUGGGACGAGUACCUGCCAUUAGUGGAGUUCCCUUAUAAUAACAGCUAUCAGAGUAGCAUUGAUAUGGUGCCAUAUGAAGCGUUGUAUGGCAGGCGAUGCAGAUUGCCUUUGUGCUAGCUUGAGGUGGGCGAAAGGCAUUUGGCCAGGACUGAAUUGGUGCAGCAAGCCUCUGAGAAGAUUGAUGUGGCGAGAAGGUGUAUGAAGAUUACUCAAGAUUGUCAAAAGUACUAUGCGGAUCACCGCACUCGGGAUUUGGAGUUUCAAGAAGGGGAUAGAGUAUUUCUUCGGAUUUUACCACAAAGACCAUCAAUGACGAAUCGGAAGCAAGGGAAGCUUAGUCCGAGGUUUAUGGGACCGUACAGGAUCAUUGAGCGAGUGGGUCCUUUGGCCUAUCGAUUAGCCUUGCCCAACAAAUUCGUUGAAUUUCAUGACGUGUUCCAUGUGUCUCAAUUGCGAAAGCACAUACCGGAUCCAAGAAUGGAAGUUCUAGAGGAAGAGGUUGAGGUUCGUCAGAACCUAACCUAUAUUGAGAGGCUAGUGAAAAUCUUGGACCGCAAGGAGAAGAGGCUGAGGAGCAAAUCAAUUUCGCUAGUUAAAGUUUAGUGGAACCAUUACUCUGAUCGGGAAGCAACAUGGGAGCUGGAAGAAGAUUUAAGGCACCAAUUUCCUGAAUUAUUUGUUGAUGUAAUGGAAGAGUAGCUUUGAUGUAUUGAUCAAUUAUAUUAAUGGAAAUGAAAUUUCGAGGACGAAAUUCUUUUAAGAUGGGUGAAAUGUAAUACCCUUGAUGAGUCAUGAUAAAAUUGUCAAUUAAGAGAAUAAUGAUAUAUGAAAAUUUUAAAAAUUAGGUAAUUAUGGGAAUAGGAGCCUUAUCCAAUGGUGGAAAUUAAAUCUUGUAAAAUUGUCAAUUAAGAGAAUAAUGGUAUAUGAAAAUUUUCAUAAUUGCCCUUGAAUCAAAGAGAAGGCGCAUAUAUAUAGGAUGCCUUAAGAAGGGCAAAACGAUAAUUUGGAAUCCCGUCCCAUAAAAGGUAAAUUAUUUUUAUGGAAAAAAUAUUUAUAUAUUCGAGAAUGGGAUUUUGGGAGAAAUUAAUUCUUGUUUAAAUGCUUGAAAAAAUGAAUGAAAAAUGUGGAAUUAAAAUGGAAUCCAAGUAGGGUAGAUGGUGACACUUGGCAAGAUCUCAUGAAAGGGAUUUAAUUAAAAAUAUAGGGAAAAGAAAUUAGUUUGAUUAGGUGUAAGUGAAACACUUGGCCUGAUCUUGUGAAGCAAGAGUGAGAUUAAAAAAAAUUCAUAAAGAAAAGGAAAUAGUCUCUCAAGCAUUAAAUGAGAAUCAUCAUUAGAGUGAUUAAAGAAAAUGAAAAAGAAAUAGAAAAUUAAUCAUGCAUUUAUGUGGGAAAAUAGUGGAUUAAAAUAAAAGCAAAUUAAAAUGGAUUAUGUCUUUCAAGAGUGAUUUGAAUUAAAUAAAAAAUAAAUCGAUAUUAGUCUCCAUUAAAUGCUUGAAAAUCUAGGGGAUUUAAAUUAAAGGAGAAAUGUUGGAAAAUAGUCAAUCUUGAAAUUAGUCAAUAUUUAUUAAUUUUAAAAAUUGGGUAAUUAUGGGAAUAGGAGCCUUGAUCCAAUGGUGGAAAUUAAAUCUUGUAAAUUGUUGGAAUCCAAUGGUUGGGAUUUAAGCUCACCAAUGGCAUGGAUUGCCACAUAGGUAGGAUAAUUUCAAGAAGAAAUAUAAUGGAAGGUGGGGAUUUAACCUCCAAGGGAAAUCAAGGGAUGAGAUUAAAAAAUCCUAAGUCUCUUGGAUUGUGUUUUUCUAGAGAGUAGAGAUUGGUUCCUUUAAAAAUCAAAGACUAGGAUUGAGUUUAUCAAAAGCACAAGGAUUGUGCUUGUAUUUGAGGGUUGAGAUGGAGUCUCUUAAAUCAAAGAAAAACCAAGGGCUAAGAUGGAAUCUUGAGUUUUGACAUGGAUUUAGUAGGAAAUCUCUAUAAAUAGGGAGAUGAGAUUCUAGUUCAAAGUUUUUCACAUGUUAAGAGAUUAAAAGAAAUGAAGAAGAAGAUUAGGAGAAGGAAGAAGAAAGGCAAGCAAAAGGUGGCUUGAACCAAAGAGAGUCUUGGCAAGUGAGGACUUGAAGUUUCAAGGAAAUAGAGAUUAGGGCUUCUUGGGUCAUGAGGAAUUUUGAUGGCAAGAAGGGAAACAAGGAGAUUGGAGACAAAGAAGCAAAAGUGUGCUGACGAUUUGACCUUCUAUGCUUCUUUCAAGUUUUUUGCCAAGUUACAAUCUCAGAACGUGAAUGAUGUCUUCAGAGAUAUUGUAGAGGACUUCUUGGGCUUUCUGGAAUUGUAUGGUUUGUCCAAAUCCAAGUUCGUUUGGGCCUCCAAACAUCGCUUCAAAGUCGGGACCAGAAAGUUGGGUCAAAUUAGGAAAGCUACACAGAUGCUGAUUCUUUAAAAGGCCAUAACUUGGGCGUCCGAUAUCCAAAUCAAGUGAUUUAAAAGCCCAAGUUCAUCUACUCUUCCUGAUCUACAAUUUUGAUGAAGGGGGCCGAAGCCCAGAAUGCACUUUAUCCUAUUCGAAAUCGGUUGUGAAGUUGCGGUAACCUAGGGUUUCCUCCCUAAGCUCUAUUUAAGCACAUUAAGUGGCCGAUUUUGAAAAAACUCUCACGAUUUCAACCAAGAAGAUGGAAGGCUAAUUCGUUUGUGAUUCGCUACAUUCUCGUACCCCUUGCCCGGUUUGAGUCUCAGUCAUAUUGUUGAAUCCGGUUUGGAAUUUGAUUUUCAUGUUUUAAUUGAUGAUUUUGUUUCUUUCCUUCUCUAAGUUUAUGUAUGUUUCUUUUAUGCGAUUGUGUGAAUGCAUGCAUGAUCUUUGGAUGGUUUUAAUUGACGUACUCGGUUGAGGCUUUGAUUAGAAAGAAACGGUAUAUUUGUAUGAGCGAUUGCUCGAUUGGAUUUAAUCUUUUACGGUUGUAGAAGAGUUUUUCAAAGCAAAAGAAAAUCAAACCAAAACAGAUUGUUUUCAUAAAUGAGACGAGGAUUACCGUGGUAAGGAGGUAGGGUUUGUAGCGGGUUACGUUUUACUUCAUCGUUGUUUCAUUCUUGAACGUUUAUAUUUCAGUUUUCAUCACAACCCCCCACGUUUAGUCUUGUUUUGACAGAUCCGUUUGAGGUUCGUUGGGAGACGACUUUGGGUUGCACCCUUAUUGCAAAUCCGAAUCUAUAUUUCAUCUAAUCUAUCGUUGUUCGACAGCACCGAUCAAGUAGCUUUCAUUGUCAUCAAACUGAAAGCUUCAACUAACUUCAUUCGGACACCAUGAUUCCAUCCAUACACACAGGUUCUUUUCUACUUAGGGCAUCGGCCACUAUGUUGGCUUUGCCGGGAUGAUAUUGAAUGACACAAUCGUAGUCCUUUAUGAAUUCCAUCCAUUGACGUUGUCUCAUAUUAAGAUCUUUUCUGGGAGAACACAUACUGUAAACUCUUAUGAUCGGUGAAGAUUCCAAACUUCUCGCCAUACAAGUAGUGUCUCCAAACUUUCAAGGCAAACACUACAACAACUAAUGCUAAAUUGUGGGUCGGGUAAUUUUGUUCAUGCCUUUUCAAUUGCCGAGACCCAUAGGUGAUUACUUUUUCAUAUUGCAUUAGCAUGCAUCCUAAUCCAUUCUUCGCAGCGUUAGUGUACACCUUAUAACCUCCAAACCCAUUUGGCAUGGCUAAAACUGGAGUGGUUGUGAGCCUCUCUUUGAGCAUAUAAAAGCUCCUUUCACAUUGCUCGUUCCAAUCAAACUUCACGCCCUUUUGAGUUAGCUUCGUAAGGGGUGAUGCUAUCUUUGAGAACCCCUCUAUGAACUUUCUAUAAUACCCGGAAUGUUAAAUAUGAGCCCUAAAGACCAAUUCUAGUGACACAAAGGGACUCGAUUUUGUAAUUCUUUAAAUAUUAUUUAAUGGCAAGUUUAUGUUUUAUUUAAAUUACAAUAUGGUUUAAAUUAUAAAACAUACAUCCAUUAGUAUAAUAAGGAGUAGAUACCAUUCUUAAGAGUGAAGAAUACGUGUUACGGAUAAUCCACAGUUUAUUAUACUAUAAACAUGUUCCUGACCAUAGAAUUCCUAAUCUGGAUAAUAGCAACUCGUAAAGGCCAGCACAUCGUCUUCUUCCUUAUUCAGUAUGAGAUACUGAAAGAUAAGGUUGGUGAGUCUCAUGCCAUUCUGUAUGAGAUAUAAAAGGAAGAUGAGUGGGUGCUCGUUACAAGAACGAGUUCACUGAACGGGACUGUUAAUAUUAAAUCACAUGGGUUAUUUCUCACAGGUCAAUGAUUUAAUGUUAGCUGCGAUUUUGCAACUAGUCCUUAGACCUGAGAUGACAUGGAUAUCUGUGUAUCGGUAGAUUAGGAUAUCAACGAUAUUAUGUGGUUAUUCUAAUCAAGGAUAAUCAUACGUAUUUAUGUGCCUAAUUCAGUGAUACAUGAGGUAUGUGUGCAUUAGACAUGGAAUCUAUCACCUCGAGAUUUAUGAGGAAGAUAUGCUAUGCAAUCCAAUAAUCACUUGACGAUCAAUCCUUGGCCAAGGUAAUAUGAUGAUGGAAUUUGUUCCAUAAAGGUUGUGUCAUAAUUAGUCAAGAUUGAUUUUGGAUUUGGUCAUAUGACGAGAUUAAGAGAUUCGACCUACUGAUCAUAAUCUCAUAUCUUGUCGGGAUAUAGGAUGAUAGAAGGAUCGUAUUGCAUGAUAACGUAGUAAAAGGUUUACAAUAUAUGUUUCACAAUAAAUUGGGUAAUCAUGACAUAUUGCUAAUGUCACUCGUGAUUUACAAGAAUUAAUUGUUGAUUAUUCUUGUUGUCAAUUUAUUUGUGAACCAGAAAGUCCCACCCACAAAGAAAUCACUUUCAAAGAGAAAAUAGAUAAAUUAGUAAUUUUAUAAUUACUAAUAAUAGUGCAUUUAUUUAUUGGAUAAAUAAGAAUAAUUAAAAAAUUAUAUUAUGAAUAUAAUUUUUUAAUCAUUAAUUGGGUUAGGGUCUUUUGCUAGCACAUUAGGCUUAACCCAAGAGCACUAUUGGAUUCAAGUUAACUUAAAUGAUUUUGGAUUUGACCCAAUUACAUUAAAUGAAAUGAGCUUGAGAAAGCCAACUUUUCUUGGAGGAUUAAAGUUAAGGAUUCAGAAGGCUCUCAGCAAUAUAAGUACUCGGUCCUAUGCUGAGGUGGUGCUACAAGAAAUGACUACUGAGGCUAAUAUGGAUUGAAUCGACUCCAUCCAGGGAACAAGUCAGCAAGCCUCCAAUCCUAAGUUAAGUUCUGGAAAGAAGUUAGACCCUAAGAACGUUCAGUUCAAGCGUAGCAAGCAUUGUUCAAUUUUCCUAUUUUUCUCUAUUUUUUAUAGUCAUAAAUUCUUUCGAAAUUCAAAAUAAAUACCUAAUCAAGUAAUUUCUUCAAUGGUUCUUCAUGAAAAUUCUUGACUAAUCUUCAAAAAAUUUCUGGAAAUUUUCCAAAACCUCUUGCUAUUUUUUUCUAAUCAAGUUUCAUUUUAAGAAUUCAAAAUAAUUAUUUUCUCAUGAAACUUCUCAAAUAAAAAUUCAUAAACGUAAACUAUUCCUUUUUUUUUUUGUAUUUCUGGAUGUUUUUCCAUCUUAUUUCUAUUUUUACUCUAUUUUUUUUAUUUUCAGCAUUUAAAAAAUAAUAAAAAUUAUCUCCAGUCAUCUUCUCUGGCGUUGACACACCUGAAAAUUAAACUGACUAUACCAGAAGAUAGCUUACCUCGAGUCGAUCACUCUGGCCAAAUUUGAGCUUGAAAUAACAACUGAAAGAUCUCCCUCGAGCAAAAAUUAGUCCGGCUCCAACAAGAAUCGAUUUUUCCAGCAAAACUUUGAUCAUCACUCAAAUGAACUCCAAAAUUCCUCAAAAUCUCCAGAAAUAAUCCUCAUCUCAUGGGAAACAAAAGCUCUAUGAUUUGGUGCCUCAAUUUAUUAAAAAAUGAGGUUGAUUUGAAGUUCAAAUCUUGCAAAACCCUCGGUCACUAUAUCCUCUAUUUAUAGCCAAGUUCGAACCCCAAAACAACGAAUUUUGCUUCACCCAAAGCUACUAAGGCCUUCCCAUGGCCUAGAUCGGUCCAAAACGCACCAAAAGUUGCCAAAAGCUGAUUUACCGAAGGUGAAUUAUUGUUGAUUUCGACCAAAAAUUUGGCCGUUUUUGAUCAAGUUAAGGUCGAUUGUCAGCCAGGAUUGAUUAUGGGGCCUUACCCCGACGUCCCUUACCAAUUUCUUGGGUUUUCUGCCACCGAAUUCGGUGAUGGGAAGGGUGGCCAAAAGCUUGGUCUACCAUGGCAGCUUCCAAGUUUUGAAAAUUGCACUUUUAUCUUUUCAUUUUGAUUACUUUACAUUUUGGCAUUUCCCUGAAGCCCCUGAACUUUCUAUAACUUCUAUUGAGUCCCUCAAGAUUUGAACUCUUCAUUUCUUCCAUUAAGAUUCGAAAAAAUGGCAUUUCGACCUCUUUCGGGCAAAUUUGAGAAAUUACACUUAAGCCCAAACCUUUAUUUUGGUCGUAAAUCCUUUUAUUUAUUUCUGAAACCACUAAAGGGUUGUUCUACAUACUAAAUAUGAACUUUCUUGGGGUUUCGUUGACCUCUCGAAAGUUUACUAUGAUAAUUCGAUUUUUCAACCAGAAUCAUAUCUGUAUUUUAGUUGUAUCGAAAAUCAUUUUUGAUCUAAUUUCUAUUGAUGCUACAAAUAAUUUAUUGAGAUUCUUAAUAGGUAUAUGCCUAUUUCCUUAGAUAUAUGAGCCCCCGGGCAUUCCCUCUAGUCGAUUCGAACAUUUUCUUGGACUAUUCUAAUACCGAUUUCCUUUGAAAUCUCAUAUUUCUUACCCGAAAGUUUUUCGGGUAUUACAGUGCUCAAUGACAAAAAAAUUACCUAAACGAUGCUGUUUAUGCUAAGUUGUAAGUUACAUGACGCACCAGCAACCACGUCAGCUUGGGCACACGCUUCCUAGAUCAAGGAUAAAAUUGAAACAAACUUGAAAGUUAGAUGACUAAAUUGAAGUAAUAGCCAAAUCAGGAUAAAAUUAAAAAUUGACCUAAAAUUUGGGAUAUAUUUGUCUAUUUAGCCAAUUUUAAAAGCUAAGGUAGUAUUCAUUUCGUGUUUUAAUUUUCAGUUUUGAGUUUUGAAUUUUGAGUGUGUUUUAAAAAUUUUAAAAAUGCAUUCUUUUUGUCAUUCUAAAAAACUGUUUCUUAAUACAAAAAACUAAAAAAUGUGUUUGUUUUGAAAUUUUGUAAAGUAUUAUUUUAUGAUAUUUUAUUUAAAAUUUUUGAUUAUUAAAUAAUAAAAUUAACUCUUUUUAAUAUAACAUUUUAUAUUAAAUAUUAUUAUACAUAAUAUAUAUGUAAUACACAUACUAAUAUACUAUACCCAAUAUAUAUUUUUUAUUAUAAUAUAUAUACUACAUUUUUAAAAUUUUAAAUAAAAUAUAAUUUUAUUUUCUAAAUUUUAGUAUAAUUUUUUUUUCUCUAUUCUCUUUAGCACCUAUUUCUUCUCUGUCGCUAGCGACUAUCGUCAGUCAAGAUUCAUAUAAUUAGAGCCUAUCAUUAAAAAGGCCAAGCCAAGAGGGUUGAUAUAUACAAAAUGAGUCAGAUUUAAGGGCUAAAUUUUGAUAUAUUUAAUUUUUAGUUUUCAAACAAUCGUAAAAAAUGCAGUCAAUUACCACUAGUCACUGCGACCGAUGGUUUCAUGGUCGUCAUUUGGAUGUUGCUUGGUCAGCCGACAGUCAUCAAGCCAUCAUCACCUGCUUGCUUUGGCAUGGUCGUUGUCUGCCAAGCCUCAUCAAGCCACCGUCGACAUCAUUGAGCCAUCAUCAUUGGCAGCACGACUUCAUGUGGCCAUCAACGAUGAAGAAUGAAUGCAAAAAGAGAAGGAGUCGGCAACAGUAGUGGUAGGUGAGGUUGACGGUAAUGGAAAGAGAGGAGAAAGAAGAAGGAUCGACUAUGAGUCCUACGAAAAAGGGUUUGGGGGUGGGGGUGGUGUUUUUCGCGUUUUAUGUUUUCAAUUAGUUUUGAUUGAAAACACAUUUGUUAUUUUAUGUUUUUUUUUUAUAAUUUUGUUAUUUUUAAAAAUAUAUUUUUGAAAAUAGUAAAAUAAAUGCGUUUUCAGUAUCUUAAAAAAUUAUAAAUUAAAAAUAAAUUGAAAAUAAUAAAGAGAACAGAGUUUAAAUUAAGCAAAAUAAAAAAAAACUUUAAAGACUAAAUUACCAUUUUUUCCAAAGGAAAAAUAAUCUAGUUGUCGAUUGUAGUCCUAGACCCACCCAAUUACCGUAAUCUAAGUUGGGCGGCGUCAUGAUUACUUUUGAAAGAUAAAAAUUGUAACUAAUUACCAAUAAAAUACUCAAGCUUGCAAUUGUCAAAGUAAACAAAAUAAGGUCAAUCCACGCCUUAUAAAAAAAUGUAAUUUGAAGACCACGUGCUUCAAGUUGCCAUUUUUUUAUAUCUAUAUUAAAUAUUUUGAAAUAAUCAAAUCGAAUCUAUUGAAAUGGUUAGUUUGAUUCAACUUUGAUUAAGGAUCAUUUAUCAAAUUUAAUUAUUAAAUUAAAAUAAUUAAACUGAUUAAAAUUAUCACAAGACAUGGAUUUUUUAUCUUAAUUUUGACAGAAAUCAACAUAAAAAAUAAUAGAAUUCUCAUACUUGAUAUAAUUAUAAUAAAAUAUUUCUUAAAUUAUGUUAAAAACACUGAUUAAGAUUAGCAUUGAAAAUAAGGUUAGUUGAGAUUUUAAAAUUCACGUGGGAAUCCAAUUUAGCGAAAUUAAAACUGGUGAUGAUUAAUUAAUGUCAUACGUUCAUAUUAAUUAAUGUAAUCAUUCAGUCAGUCGGCGUGCGAUGAGACCCUAUAAAAAGGCUGACAGCCUGAGACCGCCAUCCCAAGCACCGCCCCGGGCUCAAGUCAGAAAAGGCGGGAAAAUCCACAAACCUCUCCGCUCAGCCGUUGUCAUCGACUCUGCUCUGCGAGAGAGAGAGAGAGAGAGAGAGAGAGAGGCAAUAGCGUUGCUGUAUGGAUAAGAUCGAUAGAUUCUUGGCUCCUACUGAGCAACCCAAUCCCCUCAGAAGGGGCCGAUGGAAACGAAGUCUCGUUGAAUUGAACGGAAAAUUCGAACCAAAGUACCGGCACGACAUUUCCGGUCUUCUCAUGCAAUCCUAUUCCGAGGUUGGAUUGUUUUCGCAUUCCUAUCACAUUGCGGGAGCACAGUGUCCAACACAUAUGAGUUGGUUUGCUAAUGUUGCAUACAUGGACGCCCCAGCACCAUUUAGAAAGCAGGGUGUUGCUGCACUCCAAUUUGACACCAAGGGUAUAUACUUGGCAUCAGUGACGAAGGAAGGGUGCUUAACAGUACAUGACUUUGAAACUCUUUAUUCCCAGGUGAACUUUGGGUGUUCGUCUGGGUUGAUGGAGGAUGAGAAAAAACAUUUGCUGCAUAUUUCUACUUGUCAACAACUCGAUGUUGUUAGAUGGAAUAUUGCAAACCAGGAUGAGGUUGCUUGUACAUCUAUGAAAAGCAGUGAAGUACAUAUUUACGAUAUUGGGUAUAUCUCUUCUGACCCAAUAGAGGUCCUGAGGAAGAGGCCUACUAUUAACAUCCAUGGGAUUGAUGUUCAUAAAGGUUUAUCUGAUAUUGCUUUUUCUUCAAAAGAUGAUUCAAGGGUUCUUGCUUCUGAUACAAAUGGCAUUAUAAAUGUAUGGGAUAGAAGAAUGAGUGACCUUCCAUGUCUUGAGAUCACAACUACUUCAAACAGCACACUCAAUAGUAUCCAAUUAGCUGAAGAAGAUCAGAUCAUUUUUGGGGCUUGCAAGAAUGGAAUCAUACACAUGUGGGAUCUUCGUGGGGGAAGAUCAUCUACUGCUUUUCAAAGCCAUAAACAGGCAUAUUAUUCUCCCUUUACAUCAGUGAAGGUAGCAUCGCUACUGGAGAAAGUUUGGCCUUUGAAGGCACAAUCAAAUAUUAUUUCGAAGGAAAUACACUCAAUUGACCUUGAUCCAUCUUGCCCAUAUCAGUUGGCAUUCCAUCUUGAUGAUGGUUGGUCAGGUGUGUUGAACAUCCAUAAUUUCCAAGUGACACAUGUUCAUUGCCCUCCCCCACCUUGGUUGGAUGGUGAAAAUGUUUUCACCAACCUGUCAUGUUUGAGGAAACCAUCAUGGCUACCAACAUAUUCAAUAUAUACUGUUGGAUCAGCAUAUGAGAACGGAAUUCAUCUUCUGGACUUCUAUCCAGACCCCAGCUCUCCUUGCCAUGUUGACUACGAUGAGGCAACAAAGCAUGGUCCUUGGGAGAGAGGCCAGCAUAAGCAAAAUAGAUUUGUUCAAUUGUCUGAGGGUGUCACAGUGUGUGCGGCACAUCCUGUAGAUGGUACUAUUGUUGCUGGAACUAAGCAAUCAUCCUUGUGCGUGAUUUCACAAAAACACGAGUCAGUGGAGGCAGAUAAAUUGUGAGACAUGACGAUUGCUGUUGAUAGCUGGAAACAGUUUCUUUACAUUCAAUUCAAUGUGGGACAUGCCAAAGUUCUCUUAGCAUGAAAAACUAGUGCAGAAGAUAAUUUGCAGUUGACACUGAAACUAUUGAAACAGGAGGCCACAAGAGGAAGUGGUUAGCGGUGUUCUCAAUCAGUGCUAUUUAUUGAAGCCUCCUGCAACAAAAGGUUUAAUUUGGAAGAGUAGAGAAAAAUGAACUUCAUUAGCAACAUUCUUUUGCUUCUAAUUAAGUUGCAGAAGGGCUAGCAUGGCAGUGACAUCAAGCUUUUGUAAUAGGGGUAAGUUGCUGUAUAGUUGAAAGGCAUUGUUUUGAAUGAAA